CCCCGCCCCUCCCCGCCGCGCUCCCGCCGCCUGCUUCGCGCUUCCGCUGCGCGUUCCCAUGGCGCUGAAGCGGAUACAAAAAGAAUGGUUUGCCUUUUGUUGCCAUUUCAAUUUCCCACCAUUUCUUGAAUAUCUCCUUACUCUCAUGCUUCAAGGAAAGGAUUGUUCUGAAUACCGUCUCUUUCCAAUUCUUGUUCAGCUCCUUUCUGCUAAGGUGCUAUGAGAUUUCCUGGUUAUGCAAUAACUUCUACCUGAAACGUGAAGAGAUACUAGACUGAAAAAAGGCAUGUUUAGGACUUCUGUGCUGAGAACGUUUAUUUCCUUGUCACCAAAGUAUCCUUUACAGUGUUGUUCCAAUAGCUUUUUGGGAGAGAAGCCUGGAUGCUAAUCAAGCAUGAACUAAGUGAUCUGCAGCGAGAUCCACCAGCCCACUGUUCUGCUGGACCUGUUGGAGAUGACUUGUUUCAUUGGCAAGCAACUAUUAUGGGACCUCCUGAUAGUGCAUAUCAAGGGGGAGUAUUUUUUCUCACAGUGCACUUUCCAACAGACUAUCCUUUCAAACCACCAAAGAUUGCUUUUACAACAAAAAUAUAUCACCCAAACAUAAACAGUAAUGGGAGUAUUUGUCUUGAUAUCUUGAGAUCACAAUGGUCACCAGCUCUGACUGUUUCUAAAGGUAGCAGUGGGAACUCCUUUAUCCUGCAUGUUUCAGAAGAGGCAAAUUCCAUUGGAAUUCUUGUUAUGAUCCAAGAUCCCGUCCAGUUUAUUGGGAGUGUCACAUUACAAAAAAAAAAUAAAUGUGUAUACAGUAAAGAAGUAUUCUAAACCAAGUUGGGUAAGAUAAUAAAUGUACAAUUAGCCUGAAAUGUUAUAGCUGGCUGUGCAUGCUGAAUGGAGGAUAAACUGAUAAGCAGGGCAUCUAAAUGACAACUUGGAAGCAAAUGUGAAACCCUGAUGCUGAUGUUGUAUGAGCUUACACAAUUGCCUAUUGAUGACUCUUUGGGUUGUCUGAGCAUCCUUGUAUGGACUAAGGUCUUAAUUACACUUUAUUUUAAAAUGAGAUAAUUUCUUCUAGUUUACAUUCCCUUGUAAAAUGAGUAUUUUAAAAUGUAGCUCCUUUCACAGUCAUCAGUAAAAGUUUCAUUAAAAUAUUCUCAUCCUGUAGUUAAGCUUUCUCAAAACUUGAACACUGUAGAUUUUUGGAAGAUUAAUUUAACAUUUAAGCAGUUCUUUUGUUGCAGGUAUUUUGUGUCACUUCAAAAGCUGCUUAAAAUGUAGGUGCUGUUGUUUCUCCUCACCCAUCUUCAAAAUGCUAAGGCACACUUAAUCAUAUUAUGGAAAUUUCUCAUGUGACUCAAAAGGUCAAGCUGUAUCAUAUCUCAUGUACUUGGGAGCUCUCUAAGCUAUGUGCCAAAGUGUAAUUGCAUUGGGUGUACAAGCAAAGACAAAAUGGUGUGUCUUUGUCCAAUGGAAUUGCUCUAUGCAAGUCCAGUUGCUGUACCUCCUUGGAAAAACAACUUCUCAUGCUUACAGCCCUAUGCAGUAAUCGCACAACCCAUAUAAAAUCUAAGUCUAAUACUGCUUCCUGAAGUCAUUGCUGAAGACAUCAAUUACUCUUAUGUGUAAUUGGUAUAUUUUUUUCACAUAAAUUGGGUGUUUUAUAAUUGUCCAAAAAUUGUCUCCUUUCUAGUUAUUAAGCAAAUGAAAACUGGCACUUAGGUUUAACACUUGGUAUCUACAACUGAAAACUCGUAAGAUUUUUAGAUCUUCAGCAUUUUUCUAUCUCUUUACUUAUUCAGCACUUCCUUGGUUAUAAAUGUAGAGCGGUCUGCUGGUCUCAUGUUCAGAUAUUCUGUGCUUUUAGCCUGCUUGCAUUUUAUGUAUUUCAUAAACUGGAAAUUAGCUCAAUGACUCAUGGAAGUUUCUCCUUUUUAGUCUUUGUUUAGCUGAAUAAAAAGUUUCUAGAAUAUUGUAGCACCUCUGACCAUGUAUAUGACCGUAUAUUCUAACCUGAUUUUCUAAUAUUAUUGGCAUUUAAAACAA